AGGACCUUAGCUUCGUGAGACAUUUGGGAUCCGUAGCCUUCACAGCUGACCUGCUUGGAGCUCAUCAUGUCAAAGUUAAAAAGCUCGGAGUCCGUGAGGGUGGUGGUUCGCUGUCGGCCCAUGAACAGCAAGGAAAAAGCUGCUGCCUACGACAAGGUGGUAGAUGUGGAUGUGAAGCUGGGGCAGGUGUCUGUGAAGAACCCCAAAGGAGUGGCCCAUGAAAUGCCCAAGACCUUCACCUUUGAUGCAGUCUAUGAUUGGAACGCCAAGCAGUUUGAACUGUACGAUGAGACAUUCCGACCACUUGUGGACUCCGUUCUGCAAGGUUUCAAUGGGACGAUUUUUGCCUAUGGACAGACUGGGACUGGGAAAACCUACACAAUGGAAGGUGUUCGUGGUGACCCUGAAAAAAGAGGGGUCAUCCCUAACUCGUUUGACCACAUCUUCACCCACAUUUCUCGAUCCCAGAAUCAACAGUACCUCGUCAGAGCCUCCUAUUUAGAGAUCUACCAGGAGGAGAUCCGAGACCUCCUCUCAAAGGACCAGUCCAAGCGGCUUGAGCUCAAGGAGAGACCGGACACUGGCGUGUAUGUGAAAGAUCUGUCUUCCUUUGUCACCAAGAGCGUGAAGGAGAUAGAGCAUGUCAUGAACGUGGGCAACCAGAACCGCUCCGUGGGUGCUACCAACAUGAACGAGCACAGCUCUCGUUCCCAUGCGAUCUUCGUCAUCACAAUUGAGUGCAGCGAGGUGGGCCUCGAUGGCGAAAACCACAUCCGUGUGGGCAAGUUGAACCUCGUAGACCUCGCUGGCAGUGAACGGCAAGCCAAGACUGGUGCCCAAGGGGAAAGAUUGAAAGAAGCCACCAAGAUCAACCUCUCCCUCUCAGCCUUGGGCAAUGUCAUCUCUGCCCUGGUGGACGGCAGAAGCACUCACAUUCCUUACCGGGACUCGAAGCUCACUCGGCUUCUCCAGGAUUCCCUUGGGGGCAACGCUAAAACGGUGAUGGUGGCCAAUGUGGGGCCUGCCUCUUACAAUGUGGAGGAGACCCUGACCACUCUGAGAUACGCCAACCGUGCCAAAAACAUUAAGAACAAACCAAGGGUUAACGAGGACCCUAAGGAUGCCCUCCUCCGAGAAUUUCAAGAAGAAAUUGCUCGGCUCAAGGCCCAGCUGGAAAAACGAUCCAUUGGCAGAAGAAAGAGGCGGGAGAAACGGAGGGAAGGUGGUGGCAGCGGCGGGGGCGGGGAAGAGGAGGAGGAGGAGGGAGAAGAGGGAGAAGAGGAAGGGGAUGAUAAAGAUGAUUAUUGGCGGGAACAGCAAGAAAAACUGGAGAUUGAGAAGCGAGCCAUUGUAGAGGACCACAGCUUGGUUGCAGAGGAGAAGAUGAGGCUGCUGAAGGAGAAGGAAAAGAAAAUGGAAGAUCUGCGGCGGGAGAAGGCUGCUGCUGAGAUGCUGGGUGCCAAAAUCAAGGCCAUGGAGAGUAAACUGCUUGUUGGAGGGAAAAAUAUAGUGGAUCACACGAAUGAGCAGCAAAAAAUCCUGGAGCAGAAGCGGCAAGAAAUUGCAGAACAGAAACGUCGAGAACGAGAAAUCCAGCAACAGAUGGAGAGUCGAGAUGAGGAGACCUUGGAACUUAAAGAGACAUACAGCUCAUUGCAGCAAGAGGUGGACAUCAAGACCAAAAAACUCAAAAAGCUCUUUUCCAAGCUGCAGGCAGUUAAGGCUGAAAUCCACGACCUCCAAGAAGAACACAUCAAGGAGCGCCAAGAGCUGGAGCAGACCCAGAAUGAGCUUACCCGGGAGCUGAAGCUUAAGCAUCUUAUUAUUGAAAACUUUAUCCCUCUGGAAGAAAAAAGUAAAAUUAUGAAUAGAUCCUUCUUUGAUGAAGAGGAAGAUCAUUGGAAAUUACAUCCUAUAACCAGACUGGAGAAUCAACAGAUGAUGAAACGGCCAGUCUCAGCUGUGGGGUACAAGAGGCCACUGAGCCAGCACGCAAGAAUGUCCAUGAUGAUUCGCCCUGAGGCCCGAUACAGGGCAGAAAACAUCGUGUUACUAGAGUUGGACAUGCCCAGCCGGACCACCAGAGAUUACGAGGGCCCGGCCAUUGCCCCCAAAGUUCAGGCUGCAUUGGAUGCAGCUCUGCAGGACGAAGAUGAGAUCCAGGUGGACGCGUCAUCCUUUGAAAGCACGGCAAAUAAGAAAUCCAGGGCCAGGCCUAAAAGUGGAAGGAAGUCAGGAUCCUCCUCGUCUUCCUCAGGAACCCCAGCAUCUCAGCUUUAUCCACAGUCUCGGGGUCUGGUUCCAAAAUAAAUCCAGGCCCUCCUCCUCUCCCAGGGCAUCAACAGCAUUUGCCUUCUGAAUGAAGAGACAAGCAGAAGCCAGCAGAGACAACUUGGGCCUAAACUCAGAACCAUUCCCCUGAGGAGAAGCAAUGGCCUCUUUGCAGAGUAACUUGACUCAAGCUGGUUGAACUGUGCUGGUCCUGAUCUGGCACUCAGCCCCUCUGGGAAACCUCUUUUAAUUAGCAUCUCAGAAACGCAUGGGGUAAGGUAAAGUACGAUAGUGGAAGUGGAGACAAGGGAGUGUCCACCUCUUCUCCUUCCCUGCUUCUCCUGUGCCCUCCCCUUCCCCUACCGCCCCUUCCCUUUUCUACUCUCCUCUUCCAGCCUGUCCUUUAUUUACACUGGGCUCCCUGCUUGCUCAAACAAUAGGGCAGGUUCUGGAGUCACCUUUGCAGGACCAAGUUUUAGAGCUUCAGGCUCUAAAUGGCAGUGAGGCAGUGAGGUCGAAAAGUGAAAGCCCUAGAAUUGAAUGAGUUGUCUUAAGAAGAAAUGUGAAAUCUCACUUGGAUCCACAUCAUAGAUGGGCAUGAUCAAGUAAUCGUACUUUCUGUACCUUAGUAAGAAGGAGAUUUGCC